AUGCUUUUUGCAUCGAUUCCGGCUCUGCUCUCCAAGCGGUCGGAGAACCAGCGCAGUGGCGUCCGACACGUACUGUCGGGACUCUCAUGCCUGGGUGGCGGAGUUUUCUUAGCGACGUGUUUCCUACAUCUGAUACCAGAAGCCAUCGAGAACAUGGACGACGCCAUUGCGAGCAGCAGUAUCAAGACGAACGGGUUCCCGCUGGCCUACGCCCUCAUCAUUGUGGGUUUCUUGUUGGUCUUGAUCAGUGAGCAGAUCAUCCAGAAGUUCAACAAAGGCGGCCUCUCGUUGGGCCACUCGCAUGGACCGUCACGGGAUAACAAGAGUGGAGCACCGGUCCCCGACUACGGAGCGAUCCGGAGGAACGCCGCUUUGGGCUUGGGGUUCCCGGACGAGAAUGGUGAUGCGGAGCGCUCGGCGGGAACUUCGCUCGAAGACUCCGACGACGAGGACCGGAUGACGACAGUUUCGAUGCACGGUGACCCUGGCAGCCACAAACCUUUCCGAGCCAUUGUUCUGGUAUUCGCUCUCUCAUUGCACAGUUUCUUCGAGGGGCUCGCCAUCGGUUUGCAACCGAGCACCGCGGACAUCUUACAACUCUUGGGUGCCAUCGUCGUUCACAAGAGCGUCAUUUCUGUGACCCUGGGAACCAAUUUGGUGUCAACAACCACCCUGAAAUCAUGUGGGCUCUUCUCCGCCAUUGCGGUCUUCUCUGGAAUGGCUCCUGCUGGAAUCCUGGCGACGCUUCUACUCAAUGGUGCCCCUCCGCUCGUCAGUGGAGUACUGCAGUGCAUAGCUGGCGGCACUUUCGUGUACAUUACGUUCUUUGAGAUUUUGCCCCAUGAGCUGAACUCCGAGAGCACUGAGGGCUCGCGGCUGUUCAAGACAAUGAUGCUCCUGACCGGUAUUGGCCUCAUUGUCGCGCUCAUGAUCGCUUUCCCUGAAGACCCUGACCAAGUCCCCAGUCCGAACAAUGUCUCGAUGACGGUGCCCUACGUAUUCUCCGCUGCUCAAGGUUGA